AAUGUUUUAUUAUUCGAUUUAUUGCCGAGUUAAUCCGUUGACGAGACAGUGCCACGGUCUGCAGUGUGUCAUCCAUGCAUAAAUUCAGUUAUUAGCAAAAUAUAAACAGUGUGCGGAAAAAAUUUCCUUUUCUUUUAUUCUCGUGUACGGAAUACUCGUGUGUGUGUACAUGCAGCUCAUGGUCGUGCAAGUGUGACAAACAAAGUCUCUCAAAAUUUCAUUCAAAAGUCUUGUUUUUGUUAUUUUGGCAAUUUACCCGGUUUUGACGUCUUUAACAUCAAAUUAAUGCUGUUGCUGCUGAAAAAGAACCAAACAAUCCCCGGCUUUGCUGUAGUACUGGCUUGUAAACCAAACUUUGUCACAACAGUAUCAGAAGUAACUCAAAAGUAAAACUUUUACCGAAAUAAAAUCCUUUUGCUGCUGAGUUCACUGCUUUUUCAGCUUUUGCAUCUCUCCUAAAAGGCAAACUUGUAUCGCAAUUCCUUCAAAUAAAAAAAACAGUUUCCUAAUUGCAUUGAUAAUUUGCAAAAAAAUACAACAGAUCGUCCUCGCUAAUAAUAAAAUAAACUCUAGUCCUUUAUUUGCCAUAAAAAACAACAAUAACAACAACAAAAAGUGAUAUUACGAAGAAAAAAGUGCAAAAGCCCCCCAAGAAAUCAAAUAAUUAUAAUAAAAAAAAAUUUAAACAUCGACUGAUCUUGUGAUACAAAAAAAAAAUACUAAGAAAAAAUUUAUCCUAUCCCAGUACUUGUGAUGAAAAAAUAAUUUUGAUAAUAAAAUAUCAAAAUACACGACAACCGGACAAAGCAAAAGCAAAAUAAUAUUACAAAUAAUAACAAUUUAUAAAUAAAAAAAAAGGAGAAAAUCAAAUUCAAAUUUAUUCAAAAUGGCCACAAUGGUAAAUAUGACAAAUUUAUUGAACGGCAAAGAUUCACGUUGGCUCCAGUUGGAGGUUUGCCGUGAAUUUCAAAGGAAUAAAUGUACACGUGUCGACACGGAAUGCAAAUUUGCACAUCCACCAGCAAAUGUUGAGGUACAAAAUGGACGUGUUACAGCUUGUUAUGACAGUAUUAAGGGACGCUGUAAUCGUGAGAAGCCACCUUGUAAAUACUUUCAUCCGCCACAACAUUUAAAAGAUCAAUUAUUGAUAAAUGGACGAAAUCAUUUAGCCUUGAAAAAUGCCCUGAUGCAACAGAUGGGAAUCACUCCGGGACAAGCAGUUCUGCAAGGACAAUGCCCAGUGGAUGUGCAGAAUGGAAAUGCAACGACAACAUCAUCACCUACAGUAGGAGUCGUACCUGUGGCAUUAGGUACCACACAACCAGUAAUGGCAACAAACCCUUAUUUGACUAGUAUGCCAGCUAAUGCGACAUAUAAUCCAUUUUACGCGCCUGGACAUUUAGUGCCUACAAUAUUAGGUCCAGAUCCUAAUUCUGUACAAACUGUAGUACAACAAGCAGUUCCUGUAGCACAACAAAAGAUUCCACGUUCAGACAGAAUUGAGUCUGCACCUGUAACUGCUUCAACUGCUGUUGGUCCAUAUGCUGCUGCCGCUUGCAAUCUGGGUGCCCCACCUCCUCCGACCACUGCACCACUGCCAUCCGCACAAUCAUCACAGACAAAUCAGACGCAAGCUACAAGCACCAACACAUACUCUGCCGCUACUACCACAUUGGAGGUUGGCAAAAAGCGUGCUGCCGAAAACGAUAUGUUACCAAUGAUGGAUAUGAAAUCAGCAAUCUAUUAUGAAAAUUUUGCAUUUCAUGGUAUGGUGCCAUUCAAGAGACCUGCCGCUGAUAAGUCAGGGAUUCCCGUUUAUCAACCCGGAACAACGUACCAACAAUUGAUGCAAUUACAACAGCCAUUUGUCCCUGUUUCAUGUGAGUACCCAACUUCAAGUUCUUCUACUUCUUCCUUCUCCUCCUCUACUUCUGUCAAUAAUUCUACUACUUCUGCAACACAUACCGCUACUACUUUAAUUCCACAACCACAUACUACUAUUACAUCCGCCACCACAGCAAACCCAAAUGCUAUAAAUAAUAAUAAUAAUAAUGUCUCGACAACAACAACAACAAAUAAUAAUCAUAUUUUUGUAAACCAAAGUAAUGUUAAUAAUAAUGAUAGUGUCGCUACGACAACUGCUGCAAGCAAUGGCAUUGUCGCUGAAACGAAUAAUAAUAACAAUAACACCACUGUGAAUAAGGAACAAAGUACUACUAGCACCACUGCAAGCAAUAGUGUGCCAUCACUUAAUUCAAUUGCCGCGCAAAUUCAUAAUAAUCAUUACACGACAAACAGCAGUGGCGACGACGAACUCGAUCACACCAAAAAGUCAAAAGACUCUGCCUCCGUCACUGCAACGCCCACAACGAGUAACGUUAGUUUAGGUAAUAGUGUUUCCUCGCACUCCACCGGCCUACCCAUGCAACACCCCUCCCUCGCUUACAGCUUUCCCCAAGCCCAGAGCCAAUUCAUGAAUCCCCUCUAUGCGAAUCCGGCGGCGAUUGCCAAGGAGGUUGCCCAGAAAAACUACCAAAACGCUUUGAAGCUCGCCGCUGUAUCAAACGCUUUGACUGGCAAGCCAUUGUCAGCGCUUUCCUACAGCCAAGUCCCCUUUAACAAGCCAGCGCUUUUGCCGCAACCCGCUUACGCUGCUGCACCCCAGCUAACGUCGCCGCGUCCCGCCCUUGCAGCUCCCGUUUCCGCAAAUCGUCUUCCCAUGUCCACGUCCCAAGCUAGUGUCGCGUCGCAGCUGUUGCGCGGUCAAACGCAACUCUCGGCAUUGACACGUGCUCCCCAACCCCAGGCCACAUAUCUAACUUCCGCCAAUCCCUUUGCUCAAUUCAUGCGACCCCAAGCGGCGAAUCCCGCAACUUACAAUCCCGCCGCCGCCGCCGCGCUGUCAAUGUCGCAAGCUGGGUAUCCGUACUCCACGUUGCAGGCAUUACAGGCGGUGCAACAAUCACAAGCUGCUGCCGCCGCGAAUCAGCAGUUUAUGUUCAAUUGCAUUCCGGGAUUUCAGCAGAUGCAAGCUCAAGCGUAUCCCGGAAUGACAAAUACGAUGGCGACAAGUGCCCAGCAGCAGGGCGUGCCGCAAGGUACGAUGCCACAAAAUGCGGCGCCCGGCACAACUGCUGUCGUCUUGAACCCUUACAAGAAAAUGAAAACGUCAUAAGUUGGAAGCACUACUACCUAAACUUGACAACUUUUACCGCAUUGAAACGAAGAAAAUCUUUUACCGCAUUUUUGAGUGUUUUUUUUAGUAAGAAUAGUGCCUAAAAUAAUCGAUAAUAAACUAAUGAAAAAAAAUGUUGAAGUGACGUGAUUAAUACUAGGAUUAAAACUGUAAAUAUUCUAAAUUUUUUUCAUCCACUAGGAUAUUAGGAUAGCAUAUUAGGUUGUAUAUUAACAAAAAAAAAUUAGGAUGAUCCCAAACUUUUCCCUAGUCGUCGUCCCCUCGUCUCGUGCAAUUUUUACUCAUUUCGAAAAAAAAAAAUAUAUUAAAAAUUAAUCGUUUCUAGUCCCUCGUCUUUA